UACUAAUGGUAGCAUUGAAGUGGCACCGUGUGAGACUUUCUUGAGCUUGCUGAGAGAGUCAUCUUAAACCAUCGAAGGCCAUUGACAAGCGCUGAAGUCUAUUCAAGCUGACGAGAGGUCAUAAGAAACUUUUAAGAUUGGACAACGACAGAGUCAAGAAACUUGGGCGAGCCUCACACAUUAAAGUACACCGGGGAUGAUGAUUCGCGUCUAUGUGGAGCUGAAAAUGUUGCCUCGCCCAACAACAGAGCCCGCGUCUCAAAACCGGAUUCUUUUCCGACUACUUCUCAUCCAAGUCUCCUGAAGAACCAUCAUCCAAAUCCGAACCAUGUCCUCCCUCGUUAAGAAUAAGGCCUUCAUUAAUGGCGCCUGGGUGGAAGCCACCUCCGGGAAAACGUUUGAGGUCACUAACCCUGUGAAUGGUAAGGUGAUCGGAUCGGUUCCCGACAUGGAUACAAUUGAUGCAAACAAGGCAAUCGAUGCGGCCCAUGAGGCCUUCCAAACUUGGCGAGAUACCACCGCUAAAGAGAGAUCCGCUUUGUUGAGAAAAUGGUUCGAGAUGUGCAAUAAGAACCACAAUGAGUUAGCCAAAAUAUUGACUGCAGAGCAAGGAAAGCCCUUGGCUGAAGCCAAAGGCGAAGUCUCGUACGGAUCCUCGUUUCUAGAAUGGUUCUCGGAGGAGGCCCGGAGAAUUAAUGGCGAUGUAGUCCAAGCUCCGGCAGCCAACAAGCGAAUGUUAUUCGUUCGUGAGCCAAUCGGUGUGGCGGCUAUGAUCACCCCAUGGAACUUUCCCAAUGCCAUGAUCACCCGAAAAGUUGGGGCCGCCUUGGCCUCGGGUUGCACUGUUGUAGUCAAACCCGCCGAGGACACACCCCUAUCAGCAUUGGCUGUGGCCGCCCUGGCCGAAGAAGCCGGCAUCCCCAAGGGAGUGUUAAACGUGAUUACUAGUCGUUUGGAGAAUUCUUCGGAGGUAGGAAAAGCCCUGUGUUCGUCUUCCAAGGUUCGAGCAUUGUCUUUCACGGGAUCCACCAGGGUGGGCAAAAUAUUGUACCGGCAAUGUGCUGAUACUGUAAAGAAAAUCUCACUCGAAUUGGGCGGAAAUGCACCCUUCAUCGUUUUCGACUCGGCUGAUGUCGAUUUGGCUGUGGGUGGUUGCAUGGCCUCCAAGUUUAGGAAUGCCGGUCAAACUUGUGUUAGCUCAAACAGGAUCCUCGUUCAAUCCGGAAUCUAUGACAAGUUCGUGGCCAAGCUGAAAGAAACUGUUGAGAAAUCCGUGGUCCUUGGAGAUGGUAUGGAUGAUGGUGUGAACCAGGGACCAAUCAUCAACAAAAAUCAAUUCGCGCGAGUAACUCGCCUGGUGGAUGAAGCUGUCAAUAAAGGAGCAAAGGUUGUUUUAGGAGGCUCCAAACACGAUAUUGGUGACUUGUUUUACAAGCCUACCAUUAUUUCCGAAAUGCAAGAGGACAUGGAGUGUUUCAAGGAGGAGGUCUUUGGACCUGUUAUCUCGAUCAAAAAAUUCGAAACCGAGGAUGAGGCAUUGAAAAUUGCCAAUAACUCGGAAGUUGGUCUGGCAGGCUACUUUUACUCGAAUGACGUCAGUCAAUGUUGGAGGGUGAGCCGGAAACUGGAAACUGGAAUGGUUGGCAUCAAUGAGGGCAUGAUGUCGUGUGCUGAGGGUGCUUUUGGUGGGGUUAAGGAAUCUGGAAUUGGCAGAGAAGGAUCCAAAUACGGCAUCGACGAGUACACAGAAAUGAAAUAUCUUUGCUUCGGCAACCUCUAAGAACUACGUGAACGUCCGUUGACAAAUCCCUUAUCUUUAUGAAUUCCAAACAUUUCCAAGCAUAAAUUUUAUCCGUCACAAGCAAAAA